AUGAAGUCUCAGGCUCUCCGUGUUUUGCCCGUUGUAGUUUCGCUCUUCGCACCUUCCAUUUUGUGCCAGGAUACCUUAGGUCUUGACGAUGGUUAUAUAAGACUAUCUACCACCAAAUUUGAUGUUCAAAUUGUCAGCGAUGCUCAAGUACUUGCAUCGCUGAAGCCAGCGGGGGGAACUUUUGACUUUCUCCCGUUCGAUUAUCUCCCUCUUCGAGCCAAGGACGGCCAAUAUCACUGGGGAGACAUCACCUUUCGAUAUCGCACAUCAGGAAGCACAGCAUGGAUCACGGGCGACUCUUCGAAGUCACGAAAGAAAGUAACCACACUUUCAACCGGAGCACUGGCAGCUUCUGGGCUUGCACCCACCCUUCCUACGGGCCCCUUGAACAUCACGCGGGAAUGGAUAGAUGUGUCUGGAGACCUUGGUCUCCAGUUUACUAUCAUAAAUUCGGGAUCCUCAGCCAUCGAGAUUGGAGGCCUGGGAUUUCCAGCGGAGUUCAACAGCAUAUUCACAAACCGUCAAGCUAGUGAUAUGUUGCGGCUGUGUUCUCUCUCCGACCCUUACAUUGGAAUGCAUGCAGGCCAGAUUCGCGUUGCGCCUACAAGUGGAGAUGGUCCGGCACUUGUAAUAACUCCUAUUGGAGACACGCCGAUGGAGGCCUAUCGAAAUCUGGCAGAGACUUACUACGAGGACACCGCCUACGGUAGUCAGGUUUUCGAGGGCUUUUACGAAUGGCAAGUAUUGAGUAAGGCUUGGGCUGAGAACGAGUGGUCUGGAAAGGAGCCCUGGAAUGAGCCCUCUUCGAGAACGCUACAGCCGCACGAAUCACUGAGGUAUGGACUCCGAUUCUCAGUCGCCCAAGGCGGUGUCAGAGAUCUCGACUCGACAGUUCUAAGAACCGGGACACCUGUUGCUCAUGGGGUUCCGGGGUAUAUCAUCCCCAGAGGCACAGCUGCAAACCUAUUCCUCGAGGCGUCGUCUGCUGUCAACUCAACUACCGUGAAACCGGUUGGUGCCCUGACAUUGGUUUCCGCUGGUGAUGGACAUUAUACGGUAACACCUUCUACAAGUGCAUGGGGCCGUGUGCGAUUGACUGUGGCCUAUGCGGAUGGGAAAGUCCAGACAAUUCACUACUAUGUCACAAAGCCGGGGACAGAGGCAGUCGCGAGUCUCGGCCAGUUUCUCACGACAGAUCAAUGGUUCACCGACACCUCAGACCCAUUUGGCCGAGCUCCCUCUGUAAUGACAUACGACUACGAAGCAGGAUCUAUAGUCAAACAAGACUCAAGAGCGUGGGUAGCUGGCCUCAGCGACGAGGGUGGGGCAGGCUCAUUCCUUGCCGCAUGUAUGAAGCAGGCUGCGCAGCCCAACCAAGGUGAAAUCACAAAACUUGAGUCAUUCGUAGACGGUGUUCUGUGGAAAACCAUCCAGACGCCCGACUUUGCAGUUAGGAAGAGCAUUUUCUUCUACGAGCCAGCUGCUGUUUCUGGGUAUACUUAUGACAGUAGCAUCGAUUGGACCAGUUGGACAUCUUGGAAUAAAGCAUCAUCCUAUGCGACCGAUCGUGCCUACGACUACGUUCACGUCGCAGCAGCCUAUUGGGGUCUCUACCGUGCAGGAAGGGCAUAUCCUAAUCUCAUCAAGAGUCACACCUGGGAUUGGUAUCUCAACCAAGCUUACAACACAAUUAUUAGGGCUAUGAAAGCCGAUGUUGGUUAUAAUAAAGUCGGACUUAUGGGAGAAACUGUUUUCGGCGAGAUCCUCGCCGAUCUCACUCGUGAGGGUCUCUCAUCUCAGGCGAAGACUCUAACAGCGGCAAUGAAAUCUCGAGCGGAUCAAUGGAAUACCGAGGCAGUGCCUUUUGGCAGUGAGAUGGCUUGGGACUCGACAGGACAGGAAGGCGUGUACUAUUGGUCAAAAUACUUUGGACAUAGUAGCACGGUAACAAAGACUGUAAAUAGUGUGUUAGGGUUUAUGCCAACUGUGCCUCACUGGGGAUGGAACGGCAAUGCACGACGGUACUGGGACAAUAUAUACGGAGGCAAGCUCCGACGCAUUGAGCGCCAAAUCCACCAUUAUGGAUCUGGAUUGAACUCCCUCGUUCUUCUUGGAGCAUUCCGCAGUGACCCAUCAGAUUCCUACCUCCUUCGAGUUGGGUACGGCGGAACCAGUGGGCCAGUCUCCAAUAUCAACGAGGAUGGGUUUGCGGCUGCAUCUUUCCACUCCUGGCCCGAUACCUUGAAAUGGGACGGCCUCAGCGGAGACUAUGGCCCUAAUUUUGUAGGGCUCGUGCUUGGUACCGGGACAUAUGUCGUGCAGGAUACUGUUGUCGGACUUGUCGCAUAUGGUGGUGUGCUAACCAGCUUGGGGGAUUCGGUCAGUGUGCAGACGGCAGACCCAGUGAGGAGGAGGAUCUUCAUCGGGCCGCUAGGGGUAUUGAUUAGUGUUGACGCUGGUAUCAUCGACAACUUCAGCUAUGUGCCCAGCACUGGCGAGAUCAGUGUUACUCUUUCGCAACUAUCUAGUGUUCCGGUGGCAGCGAAGGCGGUGCUGUGGGCAGAAAGCACCACUGGGGCGAGAAACUACUCGGUCACGGCUUCUGGAAUCACUAAGACUCGGUUGGGCUGGCAGAUUCCUUUAUCGUCUGACAAUGUUACCGUAAAAUUAGCCUAG